AGGAAGUUCGCCGUUUAACUGUUCUACCUCAACAGCGCUGUUUUCCCAAAUCUCCGUCGACAGUGCUUCUUCUUCCCACCCCGCCCAUUUCGCUGGGAAUGAACAGUUUUUGGGAAUGACCUGCCGUGACCUCUCAACCGCGAACUGAUGGAGGUUAACCGCAUUAACACGCAGAGUGAUAACUGUGACCCGGGCAGGCCCACUCAUCCAGGGAUUUUCCCAACCCACGAGGCCGGGAAGAGCGACCACCAGACGGCGGAGCGCAGCGUGGACUUCCCGGUGUCUGUCGUUCUUCCUGCCGGUGGCACCGGUGAGAGAACCGGACUCCAGACACCUAAACAGUUCUGCUCGUUUCUGGGUCGGCCGCUUAUAAGCUACACUAUCCAGGCUUUCGAGAGGGUGUCAUGGAUCCAGAGCAUUGUAGUCGUUGUUGCCAAAGAAAACAUAGACCUGAUGACGGAUAUCAUCCAGCGCUUCCAGCACAGGAAGGUUCGAGUGGUGCCAGGCGGCUCGACUCGUCACAGGUCGAUAUGUAACGGAGUCCUGGCUCUGGGCGAGGGGAAGGAGGAGAGGCCGGUGGCGGACAGACCAAAGGUGGUCAUCAUCCACGAUGCAGUGCGGCCUUUCGUGGAGGAGGACUUUCUCUACAAGAUAGCCAUGGCUGCCAAAGAUCAGGGGGCAGCAGGAGCCAUCCGACCUCUUGUUUCCACAGUGAUAGCCACCACAUCAGAGGGCUACCUGGAUCAUUCUCUGGAGCGAGCCAAGUACAGAGCCAGCGAGAUGCCUCAGGGAUUCACAUACGAUGUCAUAUAUCAAGCCUAUCAGAGGUGCAGUGAGUCAGACUUUGAGUUUGGCACCGAGUGUCUCCAUCUGGCUCUGCAGUACUGUGGCACCAAUGCCAAGCUCAUCCAGGGUCCGCCAACACUGUGGAAGGUAACCUACAAACGGGAUUUAGCUGCUGCAGAGUCCAUUAUUAAAGAGACUCUUUCGCAGUCGGCCUGUGUUAUCACAGGUGGAUCUGCACAAGCAGUUUCACUGGCUGAUGCCCUCCAGAAGGCUGUUGGAGGUCUGGACAUGGAGCUGGAUGUCAUCCCAGAUCUGAUGGGAGAAAACUCAAGGUAUCUGCUAGAGGAGUGGAACUUCAUCCAGAUUUCUGUCAAUCGUUCUUGCUUGUCUGAAGUGGAGGCCAUAGUGAUGGAUUUGGAGGCAGCGAAUCGGGCUCUUCUCCACCCGAUGGUCGUUAUUUGGGUGCAUUUGAGUGGUUCAGAUGAGCUGUCCAUUAGCGGGAGGAUGGUAGAGCCAAAAGCUAUCAUGGACCUGGCCUCAACAGCCAAGCUCCGAAAUAUUCUUCUCUAUGGCAUCCAGCUUUGUCAGUCAAAGGACACCGAGCGUUGGGAGAGGUCAGCGUUGAAGGUCGCUGAGAUCAUGUCAGCUUUGAUCCAGGAGAGGAGUCCCGCCCUGGUGGGACAGCUUCUGCAGGCGUGAAGGGAAGCAGCACCAACCGAGAACCUCCUCUACCAGACUCACGAACGCUGCAGGGAUGAGGCAGUGUUUAUUCUGCUCUAAAUCCAUCUCAUCAGUUACAGCAAGGUUAAAGGGAUACUCCCAGGAUUAAGUGCUGCCCAGCGAAAACUUUGGGGACUUUCAAGAGAUUAACUUCCAAAAAAGAAUUGAAGCAGCAAAUGCAGAGAUAUUCUGAAUUUUAGCACCCAGACUGCAUCAGGCUCAAACCCAGAAUCCUAGACUUCCCUUCGCUCCUUUUGUUUAGCUUUCUGCAAAAAAUCAGAUUGUGGCAAUGAAAGCUAGUCUUUACUAUAAUCAACCACAAAUCGGAUGUUGUGGUCUAUUCUAACAAUAUAUGUGGUUGGUAAAGUGGCCAGUAUUUUGUUGGGUUGCACCAGUGCCAAAUGACAGAGUGAAUUAGUUGGUUGUUUGAGAUAUUAAAACAGAAAAAUAUUUAACAUUUAUCAUUAAUAUUUACAUAUUGACUGAACACAUUAUAAAGCUGCUGUAGGUUUACUUUUUUAUUGUUUGUUUUGUUUGUAAGUUUUUUUCAUCAAAUUAGUACAGCUGGAUUUUUCAGAAAUUAAAGCCCCUAUGUUUUGGAUUUUAAACAUUCUUGCUUUGGAGACUCCUAGUGAUAUUACUAUGGACACAACGAUGCACAUCAACACAUACAAUCAUAUAAAAACACAUAGGGGCUUUAAAAUGGCUGUAAACAAAUGAGACCAUUGUUGAGAAAAUGUUAGUCCCCUACUGGAACCAAGAGAUUCUGAUUUAAAAUCUAGAGAAGGUAGACAAAUUAAAGCAUUCAGUUUUUGAAACUUUUUGCAACUUAUGGUCACAAAAAUUCCUUCCAGUAUGUUUGUCCUCUUCAAUAAAGCACAAAAGAAACAUGGAGGAUCAUAACUUAUGUGAAUUGUGCUGUGCUGACACCAUAACUGCUUUAAGUUUGAGGCUGACAGCCAUCUAGGUUCAGUCUAAGUUGUUCACCGGAAGUAUCACAAGUACUUUGAGAAGCGAGACAUGGCCCCAAAUGCAUGUACAGUACAUUCGCAUAACAAAUGAUUAUUUCCAACCUGGAUCAACAGACCGUAUCACUACGUGAAGUUAUUACUGUGGGAAUUUGAAUUACAAUAUGUAUUACCACAAAAACUGGGCGUUUGUAAACAGAUAGGACAAAUAGUAGUUUUCACACUGAACCCAUUUGAUUCCGACUUGGCAACUUUAGACUAGUGUGAAGACUGAAGUCAAACUCUGGAUGACGCAAGUGGACUAAACUGCCUGAGAGGGUGAAGUGAGUCUAGUGCUUUCUUUUUUUUGUGUUGCGAUAGCAAAGCACAGCAGCCACAGAAUAUGAUAUGUUAUUUUAGCUUCAAUUCAAAAGAUAAACUGAUAAAUCCAUCAGCUGAUCAUGAACUGUCAAGGAAGUGAUCUGUCUAAGCAACAAAUAUAUAUUUAUGCUAUUUAUUUGUUAACCACAGUAACACUUGUGCAAUGCUGGGAUUGUCCCUGAUAUUCCUGCUUGCGUCCUACCCCGUUUAUGAUGAAAAACUAAUUAAAAACAUGAUGACACCAUAGUAAUUAUUUCCCCAAUUUAAUCCUGUUUCUACCUGGUCGUCAUUCAUAAACAGUCAUUUUUUUAUGUGCUUUCUGUACUCUGACAACAAAUAUACACAAGAAGCAGUAAAGUGCAGCAUGAUCUGCUGUAUCACUGAUGAUCGCAGGAUGAAAGUCCCCAAAACUGUCAUGGGGUGCUAUUGAUAAAACUGUAUUGUGUCAUAAGGACUGCUUUUACCACUGGAUAAAGUGACUUAAACACUAAUGUGUAAUAAGAGGGCGCUUAUAUAUUUGUACUCCAUUAAAACUGCUUAUUGAAAACACUAAA